GAGAGGCUCGUCAUGUCAGCCGCGUAUCAGGAUUCCGCUGUGCCAACAAGCACAAAACCUGCACAAACUCGACUCUACAUGAAUGAGACAGCCUACGAGCAUUAACCUUACAGAUGCCUGCACUAUCCUCGAGGGACUAACCUUUCCCUUCCCGACCCCGUCUCUGUCCUCGUCCACGCCUAUGCCCCCGCUCACCGCCGCCUCUUUCCCCUGCGCCGCCACGAUGUCGGCCGCGGAGGCGUUUUAAACCUGAGACAGCGGGGAUCGCGGUGGGGGCUUUGCCUGGCUUCUUCGCGUCCUUGAUGGCCCUCAGCUUCGCAAAGCGAGCUGGACGGACGUUGGCUUUGAUGUCGCACAGGACGAUGGUGCGGUCGUGCAGCUCAACCUCGCCCUGCCGGAUCUUCUUGACGAUCUCGAGGCCGUGCGCGUCCGCGACGUAGCGCUGCUUCGCGGGCGAGGUGGUGCUCUUGGCAGCGCCGGCCACAUGGUGGUGCGCGUAGCCGGAGGCGGAGGACAGGGUGCGCUCGUGCGAUGUGUGCGCGGCGGUGUGCAGCGUCGAGUGGGCGUGUUUGGAGAAGAAGGCGUCGGGCGGUAGGGUACCGGGGAGCGUGGUCGUGCCCUCGCUUCCUAGGAGAGAGCAGGGGAAGAGACGCGGCGUGAGGAGCCGCUUCCGGGUGUGCGCAUGUGCGCGGGACAGGCAGGGCCGGGCUGGGAGGGGCAGGACUAGGGCUGGGGGAGGGCUAGCGAAACACGGGUAGCGUGACGAUUGCGACACGCUGUGCGCAAGGGCGAAGCACGGGCGUGGCGGCGGCAGGGGCGCGUGAGGGAGCAGUCGAAGGAGUUGUUGUGACCGAGUGGACGCGUGUGCAUCGGGCCGGGAGGAUGGGAGGACGAAGGCGAAGGAAGUGGGUGGUGGGUGUGCAUGGUGUCGAGGCGAGGGCGAGGGGACGAAGGUUGAGGUUUGCGCGCGGACAGACUUGAGUUAGAGAUGGGUGCGAAGGACUUAACUUCGCCUCCCGCUCGUCCGCCUCAACCCCUCACUUGUUCCCUCGGCGUCGUGCACACGCAUCCCUUCGACCCCACGCCUGCGCCCAUCACUGUCUCGUUUGGCGUGCUGCACGGUUUCCACGGCGAUGGCGUCCCGCUCCACCAACGCCCCUACGCCCACGCUGCCCGAUGGCACGCCAAUCAUCGCAAAUGUCCGAGCGUCAACGACGACGACAACGAAGGCGACCAAGAUGACGAUGACAACGACAACGACGCUGAGGAAGAUGACGCCGAGGAACAGCGGCGGCGGCGGAAAGACAAGGGGGAACAGAGAGGGCACAAACGGGGUACGUCGUCUUUCUUUGCGUCGACCUGCACAUCCGUCCCUCCCGCUCUCGUCCAGUAUAUCCCUCCCUCUCUCGGCUCCCUCUUGCCUGCUCCCACCGCUGUCUCAUUCGACACAAUCCACGGUCUCCACGGCAGCGGCGUCCCAUUCCACCAACACCCACGAACCAAUGCUACUCGACGAGGCGGAAAAGCACGACAACGAGGAGGAGGACGAGAAGGAGCACAGAAGAGGGAGGAAACGGACGACGAGGACAUAACCAUAGGUACGUCGUCACUCGCCCCAGUUCCUCUCCCGUACACGCACACCUCUCGCCCUCGACCUCCUCUCCACGUCGCCCUCAACGGCCUAUUUCUUGACUCUACCCGCCCCCUCCUCUCGUCUGCUCAACCUCACCCACCUCCGACCCGCUCUCCCGUCCGCCCCGCUCUCUCGUUCGACCCGCUCUCCCGUCUGACUCGCUCCCCCGUCCGACCCUCUCGACCCGAUCGCUCGCUGUGCUACCCUCCCCGCUCUCCUCGCACGAUCUCAUGCCCACUGGCCCGCUGGCCCACCGGCCGGCUCGCCCGCAUCGUCCACAUCGCCUCGCGCAUCGCAUGGCUCGACACCACCACCGUCCACCACCCCGACACGUCCUCCGCCUCCUCCACCUUCCCUCUACCUCCUCCGCCUCCGCCGCUCGCCGGCGGCCGAGACUGCACCGUGCAGGACCAGUCUAAGCCUAUAUCCGCCACGAGCACCGCCCUCCUCCGCGCCGCCCUCCUCGACCAGGCGGCCGCUGCCGCAUUUGCAUCCGCAUCCUCGCGCCCCGGCCGUUGCCGCCUCGGACGACACCGACUCGACGACACCGACUCGACGACACCGACUCGACGACACCGACUCGACGACACCGACUCGACGACACCGACUCGACGACACCGACUCGACGACACCGACUCGACGACACCGACUCGACGACACCGACUCGGCGACGCCGACUCGACGACGCCGCCUCGACCCUACCGCCUCGACGCGGCCCUGUCCCGACCACGCCGCCGCCUCAACGCUUCCGUCUCUAUCCUCACUCCCGACGACGACACCAGGUUCGCAGCCACCGCCUCCGACGACCUCGACUCGACUCCGCCGCCUCGACUCUACCGCCUCGAUGCUACCCCCUCCACCGCCAGGCUCGACCACACCUCGACCCUGCCCGGUGCCGACGACGGUCCCAGGCUCGACAACGCCGCCUCCACGUCCGAUCCCCACCACGCCGCCGCCUCCACCCUGCCGCCUCCACUGCCGGUCCCUUGCCUCGACAACGGCGCGUCGCCCGAGGCUCCUCACUCGACGGCGCCUCCUCACGCUUUCAUCCACCCCGCCUGCUCCUCGACAACAACAGCGCCCGCUCGACACGACGGCCCUGACGACGACACCGAGGCCUCCGCGCUGCCGCCUGCACGCUCGGUCCCGAUGACCCCAGGCGUGCAGCAGCCUUCUCGAUCCUGCCAGCUCUUCACGCUGCCGCCUGCACGCCGUCUCUACACGCCAGGUGCCGACCACCUCACCGCCUGGACCUUGCCUCCCCGUGCACGCUACCGAGAUCGUCAACGGCGAGGCCUCGACGGCCCUGCCUCCUCGCCAACACGGCGUCGCCGCCUUCCCCUCGCCGCCUUCUCCUCGCUUCCAACGGUGGCUCCCCGAGGACGCGGUGUUGCCCGGUGUCUCGUCAUGCACAACCGCGGCCUCGUGAACCGCGGCGUCGAGGACGUGCCUAUGACGACAGCCUCGUCGCCGUCUCUACCACAUGUGGGGCCGCCAACACAGGGGUCUGGCAGGGCCCUGAUGUGGCGUCCGCCGGGCGCGGACCCCUCCUGA